AGCAUUCUUCCGCUAAACUCAAACCACAAGUCCAAAUACAACAAGAUAAACUGAAUUUUUGAAAAAGUUCUCAUUUGAAUUUCUAAAAUUUCAAACAUUUUCUACGUUAUUGUUUACGUAGGCAUUAGCAAGUAUCAAACGUUGGGAAGGUUGAGUGGUUAUCAUCAAACUUGUGAGCGGUGUUUGUAAAGCUGUUAAUUUGUAUAAAUGUCUUCACGAUGGUACCCCAUUUACCAAAAGGGAAAUCCACAACUAAGAGUAUUUCUGCCCAACUUUUGGAUGAAAAUGGUGAAACCGAGGGUUGCAGGGCCACCGAAUAAAGUCGAAUUUAUUGUCCACAACGGAAUGAGCAGAAUGGAUGUUGUUAAUUAUUUAGAAAAAAUCUAUAAUGUUCGUGCUGCCUCUAUUCGCAUUAGCAUAAACUCUGGUAAAACCAAACUUGCUCCGAGGAAACAGUACGUUAUCAAGGAAGAUGAUUUCAAAGUAGCGUAUGUAACAUUGCCAAAGGACACAAAGUUCGAGUUUCCAGACCUAUUCCCUGCAGAGAAGAAGGACAAAGAGAUAGAAGGGGAGCAAAGACAGUUGGAAGAAAUGACGAAACAAAAACAACAGUUUGAACGUGGAAAUCAUGGCAGAAUUAAUGUUCCUGGAUGGUUUGUAUAAUGUAUAUUUAAAUAUUUCCUAGUCAGUAAAUAAUCUGUUUUGUGUCUCAUUGAAUGGACAUACCUAAUGGUAAUGUAGUAGUAAUAAUAAUAAAUAAAUAAGACGUUUGUACUUUAAAAUGCAAAAGAUCAAUUU